AUGGCUGCGACCCAUACACCCAAGGCCCUUGACGGGCGUGGGGACGAAGACCGUCAGUCUUUUGCCUCGGAGGGAGCGGAUUCUCCCGAUAAAGUGAAGGAUCUUGAGAAUCAGCGACAGCCGGGAGUGCAGUCCGAUUCUGACACAGAUGACAUUGGAAGACAAAUCGAAAUGGAGGCGGGUAACUCCAUCAAAUACCGAACAUGCAGUUGGCAAAAGACAGCCGCGUUGCUCUUUUCCGAAUACAUCUGCCUGGCUAUUAUGUCAUUUCCCUGGUCUUAUUCCGUUCUCGGGUUAGUUCCGGGAUUGAUUCUGACUGCGGUUAUUGCUGGGAUUGUGCUUUACACUUCACUGAUUAUCUGGAAAUUCUGUCUGCGCCACCCCCAUGUUCGCGACGUGUGUGAUAUCGGUCAGCAUCUCUUCUGGGACUCGAAGAUUGCCUGGUAUCUGACCGCAGUGAUGUUCUUGUUGAACAAUACCUUUAUCCAGGGUUUGCAUUGCUUGGUCGGCGCUGAGUGGCUCAAUACGAUCUCUUCUCAUGGGACGUGUACUAUCGUCUUUUCCUUGAUUACGGCUAUUGUCUCGUUCGUCUGCUCGCUGCCAAGAACAUUCAGCACGCUGUCCAAGAUUGCUACUUUCUCCGCGUUGUUCACCUUCAUCUCGGUGAUGUUGGCCGUUAUCUUCACAGCUAUUGAAGAUCACCCCGCUGGCUACACUCCCGCAAAGGGCGAUCCAAUUGUCACCGCAGUCCCCGUGGCCGGGACCACGUUCGUCUCGGGCGUCAAUGCUUUUCUGAACAUCAGCUACACGUUCAUUGGCCAGAUCACACUCCCGAGUUUCAUCGCCGAAAUGAAAGAGCCGAGAGACUUCUGGAAAUCCGUUACGGCGGUCACUGUCGCGGAAAUCAUCGUGUUCAGCUUGGUGGGUUCGAUCGUAUAUGCCUACACUGGCAACCAGUAUAUGACAGCCCCAGCGUUCGGCUCGAUCAGCAAUGAGGUGUACAAGAAGGUGUCCUUUUCGUUCAUGGUCCCGACCUUGAUUUUCCUGGGAGUGUUGUACGCUUCGGUAUCUGCCCGUUUCCUCUUCUUCCGUCUGUUCGAGGGAACGCGCCACAAGGGUAAUCAUACUGUCGUCGGAUGGGCUGCCUGGGCUGGAAUCCUAGCCGUUCUGUGGAUUGGGGCAUUUAUCAUUGCCGAAGUGAUCCCAUUCUUUUCCGAUCUGCUUUCGAUCAUGAGCGCACUGUUUGAUUCAUUCUUCGGGUUCAUCUUCUGGGGUGUUGCCUACCUCCGGAUGCGACGUGAGGACUACGGACCGGAUUUCUACAAGAAUCGGGGAAUCCGGGGCUGGAUUGGCAUGAUUGUCAAUGUCGGCUUGAUUUUUGUCGGCCUAUUCUUCUUAGGGCCAGGAACCUAUGCUGCUGUUGACAGCGUAGUCUUGAACUAUCGGGCUGGAACUGUGGGUAGUCCUUUCUCCUGCGCUGAUAACGGAUUGUAA